AGCACGGGAUUCGCUUCGUCUGUUGCGCUUGCGCCGCGCCGCCAGCUUCCCCACGCAGCCAGCAGCCACCCCUCCGCCUCUCACGGUCUCACCGCCGUCUUCUUCCCAAAUCCGGUGUUUCGAUUCCACUGCCUGGCACGACGCAGGACGCAGCAGCAGCACUCCUAGUCCUUGUCCGCUUCUGCGCAGUCCCACUCGCCUACUACUACUAGCCCCCUCCCGCUUUUCUCCGCAAUCUACAGCUUUGCUUCUCCCGGCUCCAGCGGCUAGGGUUUGGGGAGUGCGAGGUGAGGCGGCAUGACGACGCGGGGAGCCAAGCGCGCCGCGACCUCCGACCCCGCCGCACCCGAUUUACCAAGUAAGAGAGUAAUGGACGGACCCUCUUUUGAUGUUCACAGGGCGGAGUCUUCCCAUCAGCAUGUGAUGGCAGGACCCGCUACCUUAGAUCCUCGACGGGCUGAGGCUGCCAGUAAACAUGUGAGGGCACUCAAUACCCAGUUUGCGAGCUGGGUUCAAUUGCAGCUGCAAAAUCAUCCUGAUGAACUUUGGGAGGAUGGCCUUAAGGAUUACAUAUCACAUGCAUCUGAAAUCAUGGAAAAAUUCAAGGAUGUUGUCAACUGGCUUAGGCAAAAUCAAGCAGGUUCAACAGUUGUUUCAUCCCCAAGCUCACUCAAGGAUGAGAAGUCUAAUCUACCAGCAGCAGACGAUAGCAAGCUCUUGGUACAAGCAAGUUCAGAUAACAAACAGAAGGCUCCAAUUGUAGCUUCUAGUUCUCCAUCUUUUCAGAACUCAAGCUUACCAAACCUUUUUUCAUCGCCUUCUCAGCCAAAAACACCGGAUUUCAGUGGUAUGUUUGCUAACAAGAAGAACACAUCUGGUGAUAGCAGUAAACCACCUUUCCAAUUUGGUGGAAAUAAUGUCAUAUUUGGUGAUAAGAAGGAUACAGCUGUUGACAGCAGUAAAUCUUUCCAGUUUGUUGCAAAUAAUGGCAUGUUUGGUGACAAGAAGGAUACGCCUAGUAACAGCAAACCCUUCCAGUUUGGUGCAAACAAUGGCAUAUUUGGUCUUGGUGACAAGAAGACUACAACCAGUGACAACAGUAACCCUUUCCAGUUUGGUGCAAAUAAUGGUUUUCCAACAUCCAAUGCACCAUCUAUUUUUUCUUCAGUUCCUCAAAGUUUUAGCCCACAGAGUCCACCUCUGUUUUCAAUGAAUCAACAAUCAGUCCUCUCAGGAAACCAAAAUACUGCUGAAGCUUCAGCUGACGCAGAUGAAGAUGCUGAACCUGAGAAGCCAAGCAGCCCUUCUGUAAAGAAGGCAGAAGAGAAAGGGGUAGUUGUUGUUCAUGAAACCAAAUGCAAGGUGUAUGUGAAGCAUGAUGAUGCCACUAAGGGUUGGAAAGACAUUGGUGUUGGUCAGCUCUCUAUCAGAAGUAAAGAAGGCGCAGAGAAAGCUUCCAAAGAAUCUGCUCCUACCAUUGUUAUAAGAAAUGAUGUUGGUAAAAUCCUACUGAAUGCUCUGAUCUACAAGGGGAUAAAAAUGAAUCUUCAGAAGAAUACGGUUGCUUCGAUAUUUCAUACUUCAGAUUCGCAGUCAAGUGAAUCAGAUGGUGGCACAGUCGUAGCUCGAACAUACCUGUUCCGGUUGAAAAAUGAGGAGGAGGCUACAAAAUUAUCGACAGCAAUCAAGGAGAAUGCACCUACAGACUGAUUCUUAGGGCAUGGAUUAUCAUCUCGUAUCUCUGCUUUUGGCACGAGCUGUAAAAUUUGAAGGGAACACCACCGAUGGCCACUGCAGCGGCCAAUAGAUGCCUUGCAGAGUUUUUUUUGUUCUCAUAGUUGCACCAAGAUAUCUUGCUUGUAACUUGUAAAGCUGACUGGCUGGUUAUGUAUUACUACUUUUCUCUCGUAGGUAUCAUCUUUUGCAUUGAUAAUGCUGUUGA